UUUGUUUCUUGUUGUUGGCAUGUUGUCUUCGGGUUAAAGCGGUUUCGGAUUUAUUUUCAAUUUAUAUUUCUUUUAGACUAUUGGAGGUGUAUUUAGGUUCUUGAAGUGAAGCUUGCAAGAUCUCAAGGAAAUGAAAUAAAAGCCGUAACAAUUUGUAUGUUUUUUUAAAAAAUUUUAAUGAACAAAAAAGAAAUAAUCUUAUAAACGAGUAUUAAGCUCGAACAUAUAAUCUUACUUGUGACAAACUAAAGAGAUGUGUAAAUUUUUUGUCGCAAAACUUUGUGCGAAAGAAUGUGCGUAAAUAUAUAUAAUAUUAAGAAGAAAACUAAAAAAUAAACACUUUAUAUACAUAUAAUUAACUAGUGAAUGUUAAAAUUAGAAAAAACUUUUGAACUUUUGAACGGUAAAGCCUGGCAAAAGCGAGACCAUAUGCAAAAUAAGUUAAAUAAUAUUCAUAAAUAAAUAGUUUUUAUAAAUGAUUAAUGAAUAAAACUAUUGUUUAAUAUUAAAGUAAAAAUUAAAUAAAAAACAAGAAAGAUAUUUAGUGUGGUAAACUUAGCUAAAUUACAAACUCAACAGAAAAGAUUGUGUAGAUGUGUUAUGCCCUUCUUCUCUUAAUUUUACUACUACGACUACUAUUCAGCCGCCAUCUGUUCCAGUCUCUAAGUGUUUAUUACUGUUUUUUUUUUUUUUUUUUCUUUAUCCAUAUAUUGAGGACUACUACGUCACAGCCCACGUAUACUAAUUAAUCCCUUCGAAUUGAGAAAACCUUUCGAAACUAAAUAAUAAAUAACCCUUCAGGAAGCUUAAUUCCAGUUAAGGGCACUUAAAGGUCUUCGCUUGCAGCAACACAAGCAAACAAAAAAAAAAACACUUGAAAUUUGAAGUGAAAAUAAGAAAUAAAUAAAAAAAUAAAUAAAAAACAAAUAAAUACAAAAUAUAUAGAAAAGCGCCUGCCAUCGCCACCUCUUGCUCUCCUUGCUUGCUUGUUCUCUUCCUUGUUGCCCCUCUGCCCCGGAUACGGAGUUCUUAAACUUACAACUUGUGGAAAAUACAAAUGAUUACAAGUAAAAUUCAACAAAUUUAUAACGAAAAUUCGACUACAACGAUUGCUAGUAGCGGUAGCAGCAACAGCUUCCACUUUUAUAAUAACAACAAUAAUAGCAAUAAUAAGAAUAAUAAUAAUAAUAAUAAUAAAAGGAAAGGCGUACAAUUGCGAACGCAAUCAUUUGCAACAGGCCAGCAGCAAAAGCAAAACCAAUUGCAACAGCGACGACAACAACAACAGCAACGACAACAAGAAGACUGGCAACAGCACCAAGAACAACGUCAAAGGCAUAUCAAAAUAAAACGUGAAACCUAUACAUACAAACGUUUAAAUCACGAGCCAACAAUAACAGUAACAGUAAUAGCAAAAACGUUAAGAACAAGCGAUAGAAUAAUCAUUACGAGCGUUUGCUAGUUCGAUUCCCAAAGGCGCAUAAAGCUCGGGACUUGAAAAUGUCAAAUUUGAGUCGCUAUAACGAAAAGUGACGCUGACAGCUAACAAGUUAAAAACAGUCAAAGACUUGGUGAAAAAUUUAUCGUAAUCGUCGCUUACCUUACCUUACGAGACAAGCAGCGGCGCCGCAGCCAUAAUAACAAAAUCCAAAGCGUACAAGAGCUACAGAAAGCUACAGAAAAACUCUUUGGCCAAGGAAAAUAAAACACCAAAAAAAAAAAAAAAAAAAA